AUGAGCACCGACUCCGCAACACAACACCGCACAACAACGCACGCGCACCCACGACGCGGCCACCGCGGAACACGCGCGCGGAACACGAGCACGGAACACGCCCCGCGCCUGCCCGACGCCACGCGCCCGCACGACGCCGCGGACGCCCGUGGCCGCUGCCGACCCCGACCGGGAACGGGCCCCCAGGAGCCCGCGCGGCGCCUCAUCUGCAUGGGCACGCCCACUCCCGGCCGGCCCCGCCCCGCCUCGCUCCGCCCCGGCCGCGGAAGGACGCUCCUGCCGGGGCCGGGGCCGGGGCCGGGCCGCGGGGCACCGCCGCCGGUAACGUCCGGUCCCACCGUCCGCCGCCUCCGCCUCUCGCCACAGACACCCCCGCCUCCUUCACGGCGGCCCGACCGGCCCCGCGGCCCCUGGGACACCGGCACCUCCCGGUGCUGCGUGGGGCCGGAGCCGCAGCGGGGCCAGCAGCGGGAGGGGACCCGCUCUGGCCGGCCGAGCCCCGCGCAGCACCGGGCGGUGCCGGUGUCCCAGGGGCCGCGGGAAGGGGGCGGGGGUGUCUGUGGCGAGAGGCGGCGGCGGCUGGAGCCGGCCCGGCGGAGGCGCCCGCGGCGGGCGGUGGGACCGGACGUUACCGGCGGCGGUGCCCCGCGGCCCGGCCCCGGCCCCGGCCCCGGCAGGAGCGUCCUUCCGCGGCCGGGGCGGAGCGAGGCGGGGCGGGGCCGGCCGGGAGUGGGCGUGCCCAUGCAGAUGAGGCGCCGCGCGGGCUCCUGGGGGCCCGUUCCCGGUCAGGGCCGGCGGCGGCCACGGGCGUCCGCGGCGUCGUGCGGGCGCGUGGCGUCGGGCAGGCGCGGGGCGCGUGUCGCGGCGUGUUCCGCGCGCGUGUUCCGCGGUGGCCGCGUCGUGGGUGCGCGUAAGUAUGAGCACCGACUCCGCAACACAACACCGCACAACAACGCACGCGCACCCACGACGCGGCCACCGCGGAACACGCGCGCGGAACACGAGCACGGAACACGCCCCGACACGCGCCCCGCGCCUGCCCGACGCCACGCGCCCGCACGACGCCGCGGACGCCCGUGGCCGCUGCCGACCCCGACCGGGAACGGGCCCCCAGGAGCCCGCGCGGCGCCUCAUCUGCAUGGGCACGCCCACGCCCCGCCGGCCCCGCCCCGCCGCCCGCGGUAG